UAAAGUCAUAUCUAUGGUCAUAUCCAUAGACAAGGUCAAAGGUCAAGCCAAGUCUUCUGAGUCAAAGCCUCAAGCCUCGCCUUAUUUAUGAUCUAUCAGAAAGUGAUGAGAUACAGUGCAUAUUUAUUUUUAUAAAUAUUAACAAAAUAAUAUCGCUUGAUACUUAUUUAUAAAUAUGCCGGCUUAUCAUUCAAGUUUCCCAGCUCCUAAAAAAGUUAUAGGCAAUACGGCUAUUCUACCUUUUAAAACAAGCUUUAGAGGUCCUGCCCCUCAACAGUUAAGCACAGAUCAAGAUAUUAUAGAUGAAGCUCUUUAUUAUUUCAAAGCCAAUGUUUUUUUCCGAACCUAUGAGAUAAAGUCUGAAGUCGAUCGUCUGCUCAUUUACAUAACUUUAUACAUAACUGAAUGUUUGAAAAAACUUCAAAAGUGUUCAAACAAAAGCCAAGCGCAAAACGAAAUGUAUACUCUAGCUAUUUCAAGAUUUGACAUUCCGGGAGAUGCAGGUUUUCCUCUGAAUUCCGUAUACAGUAAGCCUAAUGAUGGAAAAGAGGUGGAUUUUUUAAAAGCUUAUCUAACUCAGCUACGACAAGAAAUAGGUCUUAGAGUUUGUGAAAAAGUUUUCGGUGAAAGUGGAAAGCCGAGCAAAUGGUGGUUAUGUUUUGCCAAAAAAAAGUUUAUGGACAAAUCGCUGUCUGGCCCAGGCCAGUAAUAUAUUUUUUAGAUUUUGUUACAAAUUAUUAAUUAAAGUAUUCCUAUUUGUUAAGACAUUAUUUUUAUUUUUUGCUGACAGAAUAUAACAUUUAACUACAUUUUUUAUGAAUUAUAAGUUUUAAUAACUGUAUUUUAGCAUUAAAAUGAUAUCCAUGUGAAAUAUAUUUAUAGUUUGAUAUAA